AUGACGUCGGCGGAAGACCGCCGCCUCGGCGGCAGUGUUGAUCCGAGCAACCUGCAUUUGAAGAAAGAGCUAACUCAAAUACGCAAGGCGGCCAGAGGGGUUCUCAAGGAUCCCGGCACCUCAUCCUCAUACCGAUCUCUCCGCCAGAUUCACGGUGACGCCAUGGCCGAGCAGCUGCGCCUCCACGUCCAGGAUAGCCACAGUAACGGCAAAUCUGCUACGCUCCAUCAGAAAAAGGAGGAGAAAACGGCCUUUUUGCUCAACUGGAGGGAUAAGAAAUCCGAUAUUGGUAAGGGUUUCGAGAGAAAAGUUAAGGGUGAUGAGGGGUAUUCGUCGGCCCGAGAAGACGCGAGUCCCGAAUACGUUGACAGCUCGUCCAGCGUGUCAAAUGGCGGCGGUGCCGGUCAUGAUUCGAGGAGUGAUGGCUGUUUGAGCAAUAGCGUGUUUAAAUGUAGGAAUGGGGAUUUGACUCCUUCUAUGAUAAGGAAGAAGCCCGAAAGGAGUGCUGGCUCUAGCGCCAGCUCCAGGCAUCACAAGGAAAAACUGAAAAUGCUGUUGAGUAGGUACACGGAAAACGUAGCCAAUGGUUCAGCUGAAUCGAGCGUAGGGAGGGAUGAUUUGCUUAGCCUGGUCCAUAACGAUACUGAUGAUUGUAUUAAUUCAAAGGACAUAGAAAGAGCAUCGACAAUUUCGUCAUUGCUUGUUCGUCUCAAGAAUAGAAAAGUGGAUGAUUCUAUUUCAUAUAGCACCACGCCUGCAUUAUCUACGGGCAUAUAUAGCAGAUACUCCACUAGAAAUCCGAGUACUGCAGGGUCUUGGGAUGCCGCCACAACUUCAUCGUUUAAUGCUGAUGCGGAUGAUGAGGUGGAUGACGGUUUCGAUUUAGCCGGUCAACCGGGAUGCGGCAUCCCUUGUUACAGGUCGAGAAGGUCGACCCCAAGGUCAAGAACCGGGAGCUGUUGCUCGCCUUCUAUUUCUGAUACUCUUAGGAAAAGCAUGCUUUGUGGAAGUCGGCCCUCGUAUCAAAGAAGACGUCGGAGGUCAAAGGCUUCUGCCGGUCAAGGCCUUGUCCCCCUUCUUAAAAAAGGUGGGGAUGGGCCCGGGUCGUCUGUGGGGAGCGGGAUGUUAAGUGAUUGCGAGCUUUUGGAAAAUUACGGGGAGCUUGACUUGGAGGGUUUGAGCCGGUUGGACAGUAAAAGGUGGUCAUUGAGCCGUGGAAGUAGGGAGGCUUUGAACGGGGAAGUGAAUUACGAAGGUUCUCCUGAGAACCUGACUACUCUGAGCUACAAACACAGGCCUAUGUUUUUUGAUGAAUUAAUUGGGCAGAGCAUAGUUGUUAAGGCUCUUAUGAGUGCUGUUUUGCGUGGAAAGGUUCCUCACCUUUAUGUUUUCCACGGGCCCCGUGGAGUUGGAAAGACCUCGGCAGCACGGAUCUUGGCAGCAGCUUUAAAUUGUCUUUCUUUGGAAAAGACUAACAAACCCUGUGGUCUGUGCAGGGAGUGUGCAGAUUUUGUGUCUGGCAAGAGUAGUUAUCUUGUAGAAAUUGAUGGGUCGAAUAACAGAGGAAUUGAGAAAGUGAAAAAUAUUCUUGAAAAGAUAUCAGUGAUGUAUCAUUCGCGGGCCACAUCACACUACAUGGUUUUUGUGGUCGACCAGUGUCAUUUGUUGCCUAAACAAACAUGGCUGGCAUUUCUUGGACUUCUCGAGAAACUGCUGUUGCAACAUGUUAUUUUUAUUCUAAUAACGACCGACGUCGACGGCGUGCCACCAGCUGUACUGGCCAGAUGUCAGAAACACUUUUUCAGCAAAAUCAGCAACGAAGAUAUUGUUGCCCGACUGAUGAAGAUUUCUGAUGAGGAGAGCUUAGAUGCUGAGAUGAGUGCGCUGGAGCUGAUUGCUUCGAAUGCAGAUGGUUCUUUACGAGAUGCAGAGACCACGUUGGACCAGUUGGGUUUGCUUGGGAAAAGAAUCACCAAAUCCUUGGUGAAUGAGCUUAUUGGGGUUGUUUCUGAUGACAAAUUAUUGGAGCUUUUGGAAUUGGCCAUGUCAUCAAAUGCUACUGAAACUGUAAUAAGAGCAAGGGAAUUGAUGGAUUCUGGCAUGGACCCGAUAGUUCUGGUGUCUCAGUUGGUGACCCUUAUUGUGGAUCUUAUUGCUGGGACCUACCUAAGUGUCGAUGCAAAGGGCAACAAAAAUUCUUACAUUGGUGGGAUAAUGAGUGAAGGAGAAGUAGGCAGGCUGAGACAUGCAUUGACUGUACUCUCGGAGGCAGAAAAUCGUCUUAGAAUGUCUUGCGAUCGAUCAACCUGGUUCACGGCCACCCUAUUGCAAUUAGGCUCCUUGCCUUCUUCCCCCAGUCGAAAAUCUCACUCCACGUGCAGUCGCCCACACAGUUCCAGGACAACUGAUAGGGACCCCAACGUAAGUCUUCAUAGAGAAGCUAAUGAACUCUGCAGCUCGACUAGCAAGAAAAAACCAGUCUCGUUGUCUAAUGCAUUCAGCUUUGACUCGAACCUCAAUCGGAGUCAAUUUUCCGAUGAUGAGGCAUUGACUGUCUUACAUGAUGAAAGCAAAAGAUUGAUGUGUACUGAGGCUGAGGUGUUGUUGAGUGAUAUUUGGUUAAAAUGUAUCCAUAAGUGCCAUUCCAAGACAUUGAGGAAUCUGUUGCAUUCGUAUGGGAAACUUGUCUCAUUGUCUGAAGCAAAAGGGGCAGGUGGUUUUGUUGCCUUCAUUGCAUUUGAGGAUGCUAUCAUUAAAACCCGAGCAGAAGGUUUCCUUAGUAGCCUGACAAACUCAUUCGAAAUUGUCCUGCGGUCCAAUGUGGAGGUUAAACUAAUUCUGCUACAAGAAGAUUUCCCAGGCCAGAAGCCAUCCAUCCCAAUGAACCUGCAAAAAAAGCCAACACAUUUGGAUGCAUCAGUCAGUAAGCCGGAUCUUAAUUCACUUGAAGGUCCAUCCCAGUUAUCAAGAACGAGCUUUAAUGCCUCUAUGGAUCAUCACACGCAACCCGUAGAGUCUAUCUCUACAAAUGCUUGCACAAGUAUCCCAAAUGAUAACAAUUCAGAUAUUAUUAUUCCUCCAGGGAGAAUUGAGUCAAUAAUCGAUGAACAAAGAUUAGAAACUGCAUGGCUUCAGACCAUGGACAGAAGUAGCCUUAGAUUGAGGAGUUUCUCGAAACCUGAACAGCAACAGGUUUUGCGGCAAAACGGCGUGGAUGAUCUCAACGAAUUGGACUCCUUGAGUUCCGUGGAUGUCAAAUUGCAUUAUCGUGAAGACAGAUUAAAUCAUGAAAUCAAAGCAGUAAAUAUUAAUGGUGACACGACCGGUCAGAAGGUUAGGAGGAACGGCGGUUGUCCGAUUUCUCCAAGCGUGCUGCAUGCCAGUAAAGAUGACAUAGUAUAUGAUUCUGGAUCAGGAAGGGGUUGUGGUAUGAUGUUAUGCUGGAAUAACAGCAAGCCUCACAGAAGGGGAAAGGCUAAUCGAAGCACUCCGAGACGUGCACAUAAAGGCGGGCAGUUUUCUUGGUUCGGGGAGUGUGUGAAAUCAAGGCGGAACAGAUACUGUAGAUGA